AAGGGGCCGAGCUUCCUUCCAACCGUUUCGUUUCACCUGUCCACCGGCAUGGUGGCCAGCCGCAGCAACGCAAACACAAACAGGAACAAAGCACCCUCCUCCUCUCCACACCUGUCCACCGGCAUCGUCAGCUUCCUCGCUCGCCGUGCCAUGACCACUCACCCAGCCUUCCACCUGCCCCUCGACUCGCCGGGCUCCUCCACCACGCUCCAGAGCGCCCCUCUGCUCCCAUUCGACACCGACGAGAUGCUCCUGCCCGACAUGGUCGCCCCCUCCGCCGUGGAGGCGCCGGUAAAACACGAACCCAAGGGAGAAGCACAGCUGGGCGAGCCAGCAUCUGGGCCCGGUUACCGUGGGGUGCGCAAGAGGCCCUGGGGCAAGUUCGCGGCCGAGAUCCGGGACUCGACGCGCAACGGCGUGCGCGUGUGGCUGGGCACGUUCGACAGCGCGGAGGCGGCGGCGCUGGCGUACGACCAGGCGGCGUUCGCGAUGCGGGGCGCAACCACCGUGCUCAACUUCCCCGCGGAGCGGGUCCGGCAGUCCCUGGAGGGCAUGGGCGUGUGCGACGGCGCCGGGUCGCCCGUGGUGGCGCUCAAGCGGCGGCAUUCCAUGCGGAGCCGGAAGGCCAAGGCGGCGAGGAGCGAGGGGCCGCCGGAAGGCGUGAUGGAGCUGGAGGACCUGGGAACAGAGUACCUGGAGGCAUUGCUAGGUGCCUCCGAGGAGCAGAGUAGCUCCUCCUCCUCCUGGUGCUGGAGCCACCGCUCCAUAUGAAUGGAAUGCUCUCCACACUGUUCUGCUCGCAGGCAGCAACAGAGUUGGUGAUCGGGCGGUAGGUUGAAGAUGAUCAAUCUCGAUCGACUUGCGAUGAGCUGAGUGGAUCGAGCGCGCGCGAAAAUUAAAGUUUGAAAAUGGUAGAAGGAACUCCUCUCAUCUGGACCGUUAAAUUUGAGAUUGACGGUGGGAGUGGAAUCCAGGUACCCUGGUGAUGUGGAAAGAAAGAGAAGGAAGGGCCAGAAUGGAAUGCAAGGAUAAUGAGCAGGUCAAGUCGUCAGCCAAAAUAAAAUGAAAUGAAAUGUUGGCGAGUGUUUGAGACACGUGCGUGCAAAGCAACACAAAUAUAAUAUACAAAGGGAAACGAGUAGCAUCGAAGACAUUGGAUUAGACUAGAUUCGAUGUACCAGUAGAAAGCAGGGCAAGAAAAGAAUCAGGGUGCAGUGCAAAUGCAAUGAAUCUGGGUGCUGCUUGCCUACUCUCGAUUAUCGACCCUGAUUUCCACGUCUUUUUUAA